CCAAAAUGGCCGCGAUGACAGAUAUAUUGAGCUGUUAACCGAAUAUGGGAUACGCCUAAAUUUUCAGUUUACAACAUCAUAUUUCUUAGAUAUUAUAAUAAAAUGAGUAUAAUAAGUACGUGUAGUGACAUGAAAGGUGGAGGAUGCAUGAGGAACAAAUGACUUUUACAAACGCGCAAUUUGUCUUAACUCAUACGUAUGUUACAUUCUGUGUUCAAUCUGUUUUUUCGCGGAGAAUAAUUUGUUCGUUUAUAAUACGAACUCGCUACAAGGAAAACGAUUAAAAAUUUUAUUCUGAAUUGCUCAUAUACAAGGUUGUGAUAUUCAUGUGUUAAAAAGUUACUGUUAAUAUAAAAAUAUGGAGGCAAUUGUAGAAUAUAACUAUGAAGCACAAGAACCUGAUGAAUUAACUUUGAAAAAGGGAGAUAUUAUUACAGAAAUUAAAGUGAUGUUAGGUGGUUGGUGGGAAGGCACUUUAAGAGAUAAACGUGGCAUGUUUCCUGAUAACUUUGUCAAAGUAUUAGAACCUAUUUCAAGUGGAACAGUUGGAAGUACAGGAAGUGGAGUAAAUGAAGGAGCUGCUAAUGCCAAAUCUGAAGAUAUUUCCUUAAAAAAUGGAGGAUCUAGAAGACGAUUUUGUAAAGUUCUUUUUAGUUAUGAACCUUGUAAUAAAGAUGAAUUAACUUUAGUACCACAAGAUUCUAUAGAAUUUUUGGGUGAAAUAGAAGAGGGAUGGUGGAGAGGUAGGCUUAAAGGUAGAGUGGGUGUCUUUCCUUCAAAUUUUGUAUCUCCUCCAGUUUAUGAAGAAUCUGACAAACACAAAGAUCAAGAGAGUAGAAAAUUGUGCAAAGUACUUUUUCCUUAUGAAGCUGUUAAUGUAGAUGAAUUAACAUUAAAUGAAGGAGAUAUAAUAACUCUUCUAUCUACAAAUGCCUCUGAUAAGGGUUGGUGGGUAGGAGAAUUAAAUGGUCAAGUAGGUUUAUUUCCUGAUAAUUUUGUUGAAGUAUUAAAUGUUCUACCUGAUCACCAAGAUCAUGAACAAAAACUUAAAGCUCCUAUUAAGUCUGUUUCAAAACAUUCUCAUCAGGUAAAGAAGAAUGGAAAAACACACAUUAAAAAAACUUUGGAUGUAAAAGAUGUACCUACAGAUAUAACUAAAAAAACAAUAUCAACAGGCGUAUCUUCUACAACAUCAACUUCUUCAGGAAUUGGAGGAAAUAGUGGAGAAAGGAAAAAUAUAGGUGGAUAUUCAGCUACAUCGAAUUUAAAACGUCUCGUAGGUGAUGCGGGAACUAAUAAUGGUAAUGGAAAUACAAAUAUAGCUUUGGGUGAAGAGUUAGAUGGGGUAGAACGAGGAGAAGGAGCACCGCUUUCGCAUUUAACAGCUUCUAGAGCUAAAGCACCCCACCGACGACCACCUUCUUCACAACGUUUAAGACGCCACGCUGCCGGACCAACAAUUACUACAACACCUGAAGAUAGUUUAGCAAAUGGUAAUGCAGAUACUAUGUUAGAACAAUUACGAGAAGAAGAACCUGAAGGAUUAGCUGUAAAAGCAAGAAGAAGAGCUCCUUGGGUAGAAGAAUUAAAAUUAAAUCAAUUGGAAAGGAGAAAAAUUGUAUCAGUAGAUCGUGUUGAUAAAUCUGAAGAAAAAAAAGAACGUCCUUGUUCACGAGUAUUAACGACAACGAAUGUCGCCGAUUGUAUUAAUAAAUUAGAAGCAGAAAGCGAAGAAAAUAAACAAAAGGAUAAAAGUCAAAAUCAGAAAUCUGAUUCAUUUCCACAUCUUGAACAAAUUUCAACUACUCCUGGAACGCCUCCUACUUAUGUUCCAUUUGCACUUUAUAAUCAAUUAUUAGAAAGGGUUGUUGCCUUAGAAGAGAAACAAGCAAUGUUACAACAAACAAUGGGCCAAAUUUUAGAACAAUUUGUACCUGUUGCAUCUUCGUCAAUCAACAGCCCAGAUUAAUCAACUCAUAAAUUUUGCAGUAUGUUUUUACCAUAUAAAAUGCUGCUAUUUUAAUUUCAUUUUCCAUACAAACAAUAUGGAAGAAUAGUUUAUAAUUACUGUAUAAUUCUUAUAUUUAUUCGUUUUAGUAGCGGCAUUUUUAAUUUGUUUCGCUAUUGUAGUAACAGUAUUUAUUUAAUUUGACUAAACAAAAUAUUCCAUAUAUCAUUCCUGACUUAAAAAAAUUUUUUUUUUUAUGAUAAUUUACUUUAUUGUAUUGUAAGUACUUUAUUUAGUACUUUGAUUUUAUUUUUAGUAGCAUUUAAAUGUUUUUAAGAUAUAUGUAAUAUACACUUUUCAAAUUGUCCUAUAAUUAUAAAAAAUUAUUAGUUCAUUACUUAAUUAAGGUAAACUUACAACAUAUUUUAGUAAUGAAUACCUGAUAUAAACAUAUAUAGAGAUUUAUUUUAAAGCAUUUCCAUGUUUUAAAAAUUAAUAUAUCGUUCUGAUAUACAUAUUUCCUUAAAUUACAUCUCAUAACUAUAGAAGUAUAUUUGUACUUAAAUUGCUAAAUUACAUAAACAAAUAGAGACUAUGCAUUUUAUAUUUUUAUUGAAAAGCUGCCUCGCAUUACAACAUAAUAAUAACUAUUCUUAAGUUCAUCAAAUAACUUAAGUGCCAAUAUAUGUAAUUUUUCUUUGCAUAAUUUUAUAAUUUUGUUAUAAAAACGUUAACAGUAUUGAGUUUCAAGAAAUAAUACAUUAAAAAAGUAUUGAAUGUACCUAUUUCA